GGCUAGGUUGCCAGUUCAGGAUUGCUCUGCAUUCCCCAAAGUGGUGUUUUUGUUCAAAACGGCUCUAAAUCUGGGUUCAAUCAAAUGUAUUUAAUCCCGGCUUCCAGGGAUGAGGUGGCUUUUGCCCUGGAUUCUAGCAGCAAGCAGCAUUUUGCAGGCCAUUUCCCGGACUUCCAUCACCACCAUGGCCCCCACUGUCCCAGGCACGACAGAGACCUACACACGGACCCAGUACUGCAAGUGGCCGUGCGAGUGCCCCAAGUCCCCACCGCGGUGCUCCGUGGGCGUCAGCCUGGUCAUGGAUGGCUGUGACUGCUGCAAGACCUGUGCCAGGCAGCGUGGAGAGAACUGCACAGAGGCUGACACCUGUGAUUUCCACAGGGGCUUGUACUGUGACUACAGCGGAGACAGACCUAGGUACGAAAUAGGAGUAUGUGCACAAAUUGUUGGUGUAGGAUGUGUCCUCAAUGGAGUCAGGUAUAAGAAUGGGGAAGCGUUUCAGCCCAACUGCAAAUACAACUGCACGUGCAUUAACGGGGCUGUGGGCUGUAUUCCCAUGUGCACAAACUCACGCCCUCCCCUUGUCUGGUGCCCAAACCCAAAGCUGAUUAAGAUGGCAGGGAAGUGCUGCGAGCAGUGGGUUUGUGAUGACUCCAGAAAAAUCAGGAAGACGUCUCCACGUCACAUCUCCUCUGCAGCCUAUGAGGGAGAGGAUGAAGCCUGGCAGAAGAACUGCAUCGUUCACACCUCACCCUGGAGUCCCUGCUCAAAGACCUGUGGGCUGGGCAUCUCCACCAGGAUUUCCAACGACAACGACCAGUGCCGGCUCCUGAAGGAAAGCCGCCUGUGCAACAUGAGGCCCUGUGAGGUGGAUAUAACCCAGCACAUCAAGCCUGGAAAGAAGUGUUUGGCUGUCUACAGGGCCAAUGAACCCAUGAACUACACCAUCUCAGGAUGUGUGAGCAAAAGUCCAUACAGACCCAAAUAUUGCGGCGUCUGCACAGACAACAGGUGCUGCACACCCUACAAGUCCAAGACUAUUGAAGUGAGGUUUCAGUGCCCAGAUGGAACUGAGUUUUCCUGGAAAAUCAUGUGGAUCAAUGCUUGUUUUUGCAAUUUGAACUGCAGGAACCCCAAUGACAUCUUUGCCGACUUGGCUCAUUACCACGAUUACUCUGAAAUCGCUAAUUAAAUUGGCUGAAUGCUUGAAUUGACCCAUUGCUCUGAUUUUACAGAGGUUUUAAAAUAAAAGGAGAAUUUUCAUCCAC